AUGGUUCAGGGCACAUCCGUGGGAAGUAUUCAAGGCACAGAAGAUGCUUACCGCUAUACCUCUUCUCCCAACACCAAUAGGGACAAGAAAUAUUUACAAAGCUGUCCUCUAGCGAAGAAAAGAAAGCUUCAAGACACAGAGGCGGAGCACCUGGUGUCCAAGAGGAAAUCUCAUCCUCUGAAGCUGGCUCUUGAUGAAGGCUACAAUGUAGAUAGUGAUGGCAGUGAGGAGACGGAGGUGAAGGAGGAUUCUGUCUCUGAUGAAUCGGAAGGAACUUUGGAAGAGGAAGAGCCUGAACCCAUAGAACAGGAGGAGAUUCAUAGCCCGGAGCCAGCUGAAGGAAGGAGCCCUACCAAGUCCCACUACAGACCGAAUGCAUCCAGUGGUCCAACCGGCCCCUCCAAGGCCAAUUAUAGCAGCUACCAGGAAAUCAUUGCCACUUCUCUCUUAAACUUGGGCCAAAUUGCAGAAGAAACCUUGGCUAUUGAGGGCCAGCUGCCUGAGAGCCAAGGGCAAGCUGCCAAGCCCGGAGCCAACAUAGUCCACCUGGUUCAGGACAGGGCCGGUGAAGAGGUAUCCGGGGAAGAGGGAGACAAGGAAAUCUUCAUCCAGACCGAAGAUGCUGAGGAGGUCAUUGAGGUCACAGGCGAGAGGAGAGGAGAGUUGUGUCUGGAGUCCCGAGAAGGUCUGGCCAGUCAGGACUCCCGCAAAGCCCAGACUGGGGCACAGGUCACCGAAGAGGAAGAGGACGAUGAGGAAGAGGACGAAGAUGAUGACGAAGAAGACGAGGACGAGGAGGAAGAGGAAGAAGAGGAGGAAGAGGACGACGAGGAGGAAGAGAAGCCCCCUGAAGUGGUCUGCGAAGAAGUACCCCACGCCUCUCAGGAUCCCCCAAAGCCUCACUGCCCCAGUCAGCUCAGCCCUCAGCCUGAAUAUUCGGUCAUCGUCGAGGUGCGCUCCGACGGCGACAAGGACGACGAUGCACACUCCCAGAAGUCUGCGGUGACCGACGAGUCGGACAUGUACGACAUGAUGACCCGGGGGAACCUGGGUCUCUUGGAACAGGCCAUCGCGCUAAAGGCGGAGCAAGUGCGGGUGGUGCGGGAGCCAGGCCGGCUGCCGGCAGAAGCGGGGAAGCCACUCCCUGCAGACUGCAAGCCAAACAGGCCCCUAGACACAGUCCGGAAAAAUUACUACAGUAAAGAUGCUUCAAGAGCUGAAAAGCGUGAGAUCAAAUGCCCCACUCCAGGUUGUGAUGGGACUGGUCAUGUCACAGGAUUGUACCCUCAUCAUCGGAGUCUGUCUGGCUGCCCCCAUAAGGACAGGAUUCCUCCAGAGAUCUUGGCCAUGCAUGAGAAUGUGUUGAAAUGCCCCACUCCUGGCUGUACAGGGCAAGGUCACGUAAACAGCAACCGGAACACACAUAGAAGUUUGUCUGGGUGUCCCAUUGCUGCAGCUGAAAAAUUAGCCAAAUCUCAUGAGAAGCAACAGCCGCAGGCGGGCGAUCCUUCCAAGAGUAGCUCAAAUUCUGAUCGGAUUCUCAGGCCUAUGUGCUUCGUCAAGCAGCUGGAGAUUCCUCAGUAUGGGAGCUACAGGCCCAACAUGGUCCCAGCCACACCCAGGGCCAACCUGGCUAAGGAGCUGGAGAAGUACUCCAAGGUCACCUUCGAUUAUGCAAGUUUUGAUGCUCAGGUUUUUGGCAAACGCAUGCUUGCCCCAAAGAUUCAGACUAGCGAAACCUCACCUAAAGCCUUUAAAUCCAAACCUUUUCCAAAGGCCUCUUCCCCCAGGCACAGCCCCUCCGGUAGUUAUGUGAAGAGCACGUCAUCUUCUUCCGCAGGCUUCGACUACUCCCAUGAUGCCGAGGCUGCACACAUGGCUGCCACUGCCAUCUUAAAUCUCUCCACCCGCUGCUGGGAAAUGCCAGAGAAUCUCAGCACGAAGCAGCAAGAUCUCUCCAGCAAGUCUAUGGACAUUGAGGUGGAUGAAAAUGGGACUCUGGACUUAAGCAUGAACAAACAUCGCAAACGGGAGAAUGCCUUCCCAAGCAGCAGUAGCUGCAGCAGCAGUCCCAGUGUCAAAUCCCCAGAUGUUUCCCAACGCCAAAACAGCACCAGUGCCACUAGCAGCACCAUGACCUCACCCCAGUCCAGUCAGACCUCACGGCAGGAUGAGUGGGAUGGCCCCAUUGACUAUACCAAACCCAGCCGUCAGCGAGAAGAGGAGCCUGAAGAGUCAGAGCCAGCAGCAAAUUCUUUUGCUUCCUCUGAAGCAGAUGACCAGGAAGUGUCAGAGGAGAACUUUGAAGAAAGGAAGUAUCCAGGGGAAGUUACCUUAACCAACUUUAAGCUGAAGUUCCUCUCCAAGGACAUUAAGAAGGAGCUGCUCACCUGUCCUACCCCAGGCUGUGAUGGCAGUGGACACAUCACUGGAAACUAUGCCUCCCAUCGCAGCCUUUCUGGUUGUCCUCUUGCUGACAAGAGCCUCAGAAACCUCAUGGCUGCACACUCUGCUGACCUCAAGUGCCCAACUCCUGGAUGUGAUGGUUCUGGUCACAUAACGGGAAAUUAUGCAUCACAUAGGAGUUUGUCAGGCUGCCCUCGUGCCAAGAAAAGUGGAAUAAAAGUUACACCUACAAAAGAUGAUAAAGAGGACCCAGAACUGAUGAAGUGUCCCGUUCCAGGCUGUGUUGGACUUGGACAUAUCAGUGGCAAGUAUGCUUCCCACCGCAGUGCAUCUGGGUGUCCCCUGGCAGCCCGGAGACAGAAGGAGGGGUCACUUAAUGGUUCAUCAUUUUCCUGGAAAUCACUAAAGAAUGAGGGGCCCACCUGUCCCACUCCUGGCUGUGAUGGCUCAGGUCAUGCCAAUGGGAGCUUCCUCACACACAGAAGUUUGUCAGGCUGUCCCAGAGCAACUUUUGCGGGAAAGAAGGGAAAACUCUCAGGGGAUGAAAUUCUCGGCACAAAAUUCAAGACCAGUGACGUGCUUGAGAAUGAUGAAGAAAUCAAACAGCUAAACAAGGAGAUCAGUGAACUAAAUGAGUCCAACACAGAGAUGGAGGAAGCCAUGGUGAAACUACAGUCACAGAUAUCCACCAUGGAGAAAAAUCUCAAAAACAUUGAGGAAGAAAACAAGAUCAUUGAGGAGCAGAAUGAAGCCUUGUUCCUGGAGCUUUCUGGCCUGAGCCAGGCACUCAUCCAAAGUUUAGCCAACAUUCGCCUUCCACACAUGGAUCCAAUCAGUGAACAGAAUUUUGAUGCUUAUGUCAACACCCUUACUGACAUGUACACCAACCAAGAGUGCUACCAGAACCCGGAAAACAAGGACCUGCUUGAGAGCAUCAAGCAAGCUGUCAAGGGGAUCCAGGUCUAGUACUUCAGGAACAACAUAGACCCACAUCAAACGAUCAAUGACUAACUAAAGGCUAUUAGAAGAUAAAAACCUUCACUCCCAAGUAUUCAGGUUUACAAGUUGUGAAACUUGUUUAAUGAAUGAAAAGGACCAAAAUAUAACCGAGAGGCCAUUUAUAAGAAGAACUGAAUCAAACUCCAUUUUAUUAUUUACCUCCUAGUCCCUCUUGCAGAUGGUAGGGGGUUUUCUUACUCAUGGCAACACACUAGAUGGGCAUCCAGGAUGGCACCCUAUGAUUGGCUGAAGAGCUUGGGACUUGAGGAGAGAGCAUCCAAAGCGGGAAGAUGUGGAUUCAGUGUUACCUAAGAGACUGACCAACUCAAACACCCGAUGUCUGUGACUGUGAAGAUAUAGCCCCCUUCCCCAUUCAUCCACAAUCCUGUGCUGAUGUAAUGCAGCACCAGAGCUGCAAGUAACUUUUUGAUAUGAACUUCCUCAAGGCCUCAAACCUGAAGGUACUCAGAUAGCUGAAGGGUGAAAACUGAAGUAUUAAAAAAAAAAAGUCCUUUAUUUUUAUUUGCUAAAAGAAAUCCGCAGAGCAGUUCUGAAUCUCCAGUGGAAAACGCAAUGGAAAAGGUUCUCAGGGAAGCUUUUGGAGUUUGCAACUACAGUAUUCCUUUGUCUGUCGUAACCACGAGAAAAUAGCUGUUUAGGAAUAGACCAGCACCAGAUAUUUCACACCAAUGCUCAGUGUGUCAGGGUCCACUGUUUGUACUCUGGGAGAUCUGCUUCCCUAGAGUUCUGGUUCUGCUACUUGUCAAGGCCAUUCUGCUGGUGGGAGAGAUGACAUCUCAGCACCAGGAAAAUAUUUUUAGACAUGAUUAAAGAUACAGUGUGCAAAGGCCCAAAGGGGUCCAGCAGAGACUGUGUCUCUGAUUGGUAGCAGAUUGUGUUAUUUUUUUUAAUUUAAUUUAAUAUAUAUAUAUAUAUAUAAUUUUUUGGCAAGACUAUUGGGACUAAAAGCACUGUUCCAAGAGAGAAAAAUUUGGGUAUAGAUCUUCCAAAGAAUCCCUUUAGUCCGCCACUCCAUGACUGUAGCCCACUGCUCACUUAAAGAACUGAAACCACCGCUAUGUUCCUAUAGGGAUGCACCUCUAGUUUCACAUCCUUAGGAACAAAGGAGAAUCAGAGGGAUGGUUCUUCCAAGGCUGUAAAGAAAUGCUUGAUGUGUUGGCCCAAAGCCCACCCUACUCUCUACCCUUCACACCUACUCCUUAGGCUCCAGAUAGUGCAGGCAACCAGAAUCCCUACUAUAAUACAGAGGCACUUGCUAUCAUUUCAGAAGUGUAUGAGUGAUGCAAAACUAGAAUCCCACAGAGUCAUAGUGUAUGACAUUCUUUACCUUUUCAGGCUUCUCUGAAUAGCCACUGUGAUCCACUGCACAGCCAAACUGUUGCUUGAAUUCCCUAGGAGAAAUUGCUGUCAGGUAGAACUGAUCUCUGGGCCAUAGAUGACAGGGUGGUGAUGGAUGAAGGGUAAGGGGAUAGGGGAGUAGGACGACAUUAGAUGUGUCAAUAAUUAAUUUCCAAAUACAGUAUCACAAAGAUUAUACUUCUUUUAAGAAUCCAUUCAAGGUGCAAAUAAAUAAAUAAAUAAGGGAAAGAAAAUUUUAAUGUGUUAAAAACACAAUGUUCUUAACAUGUAAAUAGAGUCCAAAUUGAUGGUGACUGCAAUUCAGAGUUAGUAUUUAAAAGUAGAAAAUUGCACUUCCUGGAAGAAAAAAAAGUAGUUAGUUUGAUUAUUCUGUAAAUUAUUUAAUUUUGGCAAGAUGUAUGUAAUUUAUAUUCACAAUACCUUAUGUUAACAUUUGCUAUUUAUUUAACAUUUUUAUUUAUUAAUUUUAUACUAUUUUAAACUAGAUACCAUACCAGGGUACCAUGAGAAGAAAAUAGAUGGAAACAAAGAAAAAUACAAUGUUUUGAGCAUAGUAGAGUCCACACUUGCAAAACAAAUCUUGAUAUGGCUCCUAAUUGUAAUUUUGAUGCAACCAAGUUAUUUUAUAUAUAUUUUGUUAUUUAUUCUUUUAAUAAUGGGAUUUUUUUAAAGAUAUUUUGUAACUGAGAAGUUUUGAUAAUUUGGGGUUUUUUUCAUGGGAGGGGUGGGAUCUGAGAGAGACACUUUUUAGUUUUCUUUUCCCCUCCUUUUUUUGGGUUUCUAUUGUUUCAGACACUGAUAACAGGAAACAAAGAUGCUGUAUUUAUUAUUUAUUUAAUAUUUAAUUCAAAUGAGGUGUGCUCUGGAUGUAUUUAUUUUGUCAUGUUUGUGUGUCAGUUCUGUGAUGACUGAGUAAUUGUUUCUGUGAAGGAAUACUGUUGAUAUUUCAAUAAUAAACAGUCCCGUUGAAAGUAACGGCAGGCUACCUGUUAUUCUGUGACAACUCAUACUAUGAUCCUCCUUCCUCAGGAAAUGUAUUAAAUCCACAGGACUACAUGAUAUAUUUGCAGGGUUGUUUCAUAAUAAAAGCCCAGUUCUGUUUGUGAA